CACAUGUGUGUGUGUGUGUGUGUGCAGCUUAAGACCAAGCAGUGAUUCAAUAUUAGAUUCAGUGCAAAAUAUGGACGGAACGGAACUUUAUUCAAACUGAAUCACCAUGGAUGAGCACCUAGCAUUCAACGGAAAAGCUGGGAAGCUCGAUGAACGUGUAUUUUCAAAGCUGAAAUUACUAUGCCGGCCUGUUAAAGCCAGACAAGACACAGCACAACAAGGCAAUGCAACAACGCUUGUUUCACAAGAUGAUGUCCCGUUCUACAACACACGUCUUGUUUUACGCACGGUUGAAAAACCUUGGACGGGGGAUCUAUCUAAGGAAGAAAUAGAGAAUAACCUGGAACAGAUAAUUCUACAUUACGCAAUUGUUCCCCAAGUGGCCUACUACAUAAAUAAACAGACUGUUAGCUUCGUUGCACCAUAUUUCGGAGGGGGGACCCUAGAUGAAGUAAUACAGAAAGAAAGAGAUAAAACAGCAACGAUCGAAACGGAAAUACCAUCUGAGAGAAAACCGGAAAUAGCACUUGAAAGACCGCAAACGUUAGAAUGGAAGGAUAAGUUACGAAUACUUUACCAAAUAUGCCGGGCCAUUGAAUAUCUUCAUCAGCCACCAAAAUGUGAAAGAAAACCUGUAUCCCAUGGCAACAUUUGCAUGCAAAACGUAUUAUUGGAUGAGCAGAAGAACGCCCGAUUGCUAUUUCUUGCACCAAAAUCAGUCGAAGGAGGAGUUGGGGAGGAACAGUUUCAAGAGGACAAAAACAAAGAUGUGCAAACCUUCAAAGAAAUGGCACAGGAAGCCCUUCAACAAAGUAGGAAGAAAGCAGCUUCAGAUAUUCUUGCACAUAUACAAAGGGCUGUUACGAUGACAGACAUAAAAAAAGAAUUGGAGUCGGGUCUUAGAGGAGAGGAUAUCAACUGGUGGACCCCAUCGCAAGACGAUGGAAAAAAAAAAGACAAGUGUGAGAUUUGCUGCGUAAAUAAGCCUGAGAAGACUUUCGACAAGCUAACACAUGAUCGAUUCUGUGUUUCCAAAAUACAGAUAUGCGUUGGUUGUUUGUGGAACUGGCGAUACAAUCCAGUCAAGUGCCACUCGUGUGAUGAAGAGAAAAUACGGUCCCCAGUCGGUGAUCGCUGGGGUGCCAUUUUCAUAGCGGGCACAGAUAAGAAAGAGGACAUAACAAAACGUUUUGAAGACGAUAUAGAAAAGCUGAAAGAUAGAGUCAUUACAAAAGCAAUUCUGAUGGGUGUAAAGGACAAUGUAGUCACAGUGAAGAAAUCUACUACAACGUACGGUGAACAAUUGGAGAAAGCGUUCAGCAAGAUUGAUACUCCAGAGAUCACCACCAUCGUAUUAGUUUAUUCGGGUCAUCAUGGGGAUGAAGGAUUUCAACUAGACGCCCAUACGCUGAAAGACAGUGAGCUUGAACAGAAAUUCAAUUGUCUUAAACAUGUGACGAAAGUAAUUGUAUUUCUAGAUUGCUGUCACCCAAAGAUGCUUAAUCUUGGCAAAAAAGCGAUAUUACAGUUUAAUGCCGUAACAAGCAAACAAAAAGCUAUCUGUGGACCAACAGGUAGCCAGUUUGUAAAUGACAUUGUCAAAGUAUUGACAAAUCCAUGGGAAUGUAAGUGUUGCAAAAAUACACCUUUAAUAAGAGAUUAUGACAUGCACAAGUAUUUCAACAACCACCCUUACAAUUCGUCGAUAGAACCGUCACAACUUUCAAACACAGAUGGAGAUCAUGACCACAUUCUUACGUUUAGACUGGUUGACCCUGGAUGGCUGAAAGCGUUGGAAAAAUCAUUAGACAUCAGCCCAUUGCAAAAUUUGAAAAAGGAGCUAUUUAAACUAUACGACAACACUGCAAGCACAUUGUCUAUUCGGCUUGACAUCGAUGAGGCACUUGAGAAAAUAUAUGAAAAUCCUAAACUUACUCUAAAAGAAAAUGGCAAAGACAAAGGGGGCGAUAUAGCUGAAUUGAAUGACAUUUUUCAAAUCAAGGAGGGCACAUUGGCUAAAACAGUAUUUGUUGAAGGCGAGCCUGGGUCGGGAAAGUCUUCCCUUUGUAAGAAGAUUGUUCAUGAUUGGUGUGAAACUAAACGAGAAGGACGGACAAUCUAUACUCGGACACAUACUAAAGUGAACGAACUUUCAAGUCAAUUUGAAUUUGUGUUUCACAUAAUUCUCCGUGAGGCGAAGAAAGAAUGUUGCAUAAAGAAAAUGAUAUUAAAAUUCAUCAUAGAGAGGAUCGGCAUAGACAAAACUAGCGGAGAAGAAUUGCUUGGAGAAAUCUUAAAAUCCAACACCUGUCUGCUUGUCCUUGAUGGUCUAGACGAAUGGCAGCACCCUGAAGGAUGCCAUUCGGGUGAAAGAAUUCCUCAUGUUAAAACAAGUUGGGAAAACUGCACCUUACUCAUCACCACAAGGCCAUACAAACUGGCUGAGCUGAAAAUAGGCCUCUCAAAGAUUGGCAAACACGUGAUGGUGAAUGGCGUUUCGAACCCAGAAAAGCUCGUCGAGAACAUAGUAUCUCGUUUGAAUGAUUUACCCAGUACAGGGAUGUCCCAUAAUCCAGAAGGCACAAGAACACUACUAAAUCACGAACUUUGCAUUAAGGAAAUACAAGAAAACAAUUUAUGGCAUUUCAGUGAAUACCCCAUCGUGUUAGCUCACAUUGUUUGGCUUUCAUACAAGGGAAGGCUUUUGACAGAUAUGAAACUUUCUGAUCUAUAUGAAACGUUGCUAAAAGAACGAUGCUCUGAAUCGUGCGACAAGAGAAGCUCAUCUCCUAGAUCCAAAUACAAGGAAAUUAUACCCACCCUGAGCAAAAUAGCAUUUGCAAAGUUAUUUGCUGAAGAUGAAAAUCAAACAAUUGUAUUUGAAAUCGAUGAGGAGGAGAAUGUGAACUUUGAGAGUCAAAAAACUGCAUCUCUUGAAUCUGGCAUCAUAUCCUGCACCAAUGAUCCAGGUGAUUCCCCGCAAUAUUACUUCUUGCACAAAACUGUUCAAGAGUACCUAGCGGCGCUGUGUAUAUCAAAAGACAUUGCAAAGUGUUGUUCGCAUAUCAAACACACAUACAAAAAUAACAGAGGAGAAAGCGGAAUUAGUUUGUCUCAGAUUUUAAUUUUCCUUUGCAGUAUUGAUACAAAAGCUGCUGAAGAACUUUCAAAAGAAAUGAACGAGCUGUUCACGGACUUUUGUGAUAGAGAUGGUUAUCCUUCAUUUGAAGCGAUGAUGCUGCAUGAUACGAUCCGAAAAGGCCAAAAAGAGCUAGACAGGAGCGACAACUCAGGGAGGAAAUUGUGCCUGCAGCAUGUCACCUAUAAUGAGCAUUUUGAUGACACACGAGAUGAGAACGUAGCAACCGUUUUAGAACAAUAUGUGAAGAUAAAUCAAUCAUGCAUGUCAUUGUAUAUCGAGGAGCGUAUCGAUUCUGCGAACAGAAGUGACGACAAAGUUCUUGAUUUAAAGAUGUUCAAGGGUUUGAAGUAUUUACAUCUUAAGGGGACAAACUUCAAAGAUGUCACUGGUUUGAAUUUGAGUCAUUUAGUAGAAUGCAGUAUAGAGUUUAUUACUCCCCGACUAGCUCCGAACCUCACAUCUACAUUCUACAACUCUGAAAUUGAGUGCUUGCAAACAAUGAAAAAACUUGAUUUGUCAAAUAUGACGGACGUCCACUGGCUACAUAAACGAAAAGGAAUUCAAAAGUUAUUAAUAUGGAAAGGUUUGAGACGGCUACAUAAAGGUUCAAAGCAAAACAAAAUUCUUGAUUUACGACGCCUUGGAAACCUGAAACAUCUUACUGAAGUUGGAUUACUCGAACUGUGUUACUCAGAUGUGGUGAAUCUACCAGUGUUUAAAUUACACACAGUGAAAGUAGGAUUUGAUGAACUACAGAAUGCACCACUCUUUAUGUCAACGUUAUCAACACAUGGAACAUGCCAGAAUGAGCGGGAAGGACUUUUCUCUCAUCUGAAAGACUUACACCUGGAAAAGAUUCGCAUGUCAGAGGAACAGUUCAGACGACUAUCGCAGUCUUUCAUAAAAGCGGGAGGUACGUCAUUGUGGUUGAGGCUCUGUUCCAUAGAACCGGGGGAUGAUGUACCGCAGCUUCAGAAUGAAUGCGAGCAGCAGGCAGUAUCAUCUGAGUGUGCAACACGCAUUUGUCAUGGGUUUGUUACCAUCACAGUAGAGGGGUUUAUUCGACUUAUUGACUACGUGACCAGAUGCGGUCAUUCCGUGGACUGUGACUUGUUCUCAACAACCCUGAAAUCAAACUCUGCUGUUGAACAACCAGUCUUACCGAUGUUGGGUCCACAGCCUAUCUCAGCUGAUUAUACCACGAAGUUGAGACUAUCUUGGAUUGAGAUGUCAACAGAACAAAUUUGUCAAAUCGUCGGUAGGAUUAAUCAACUCAACCAUUCAGUAACAUUAGCAUUGGAGAGGUGUACCGUAAAAUCAGACGAGUACAAUCCGCUGAGGCAUCAGAUGGUGCCUCCUCCAAACACGUCACUAAACUAUACCAAACGUAUUACCAUCGAAAACAUGGACAUAUCGGAAACAUUGUGUUUGUAUGUUGCUUCCAGUGCAAUUUAUUAUGGAUACACGUGUGAGAUAUCACGAUGUGAUAUACUGCCCAGUGAAGUGCCGCAUGCAGACAAUCUUCACUUUCCCCAGAUGGCUGCCAUCCACUCACCUGCUCAUACAGCAAAACUCACUUUUCAUGAAGCAUCAAUACCACAACACGUAGUUGAGCGUCUCGCCUGCCAAGCAAAAAUUUCUCGACAUUUGGUUGAGUGUGUGUUAGAUAAGUGUUAUGUAUGGCCUCCCCCGGAUGUCAGGUCAUUGAAGAAAAAGAUGGAGGAAGACCCUGCCAUUCAGAUCGAGAAAUUCAAGUUUGAACCAAAGUACGAGCACAUCUGGAUAUGGCCCAAAAGUUAUGAAGCAGACCAAACAUGGGACAUCCGUUUUAAAGCAACCGCAAAAAAGUCUGCACUCACUGAGUCCACUGCAGAGAAUGCCGAAGUCACGGAAUGUACACGAAUGUAGAACGGACGUCGGAGUAUUGGACAACGUGCGAUCAACACGGACAGUUCAUUUAUGCUAAGUUUUAUUAGAACGUUUUAUACAACUUGUGCCUGCAUUUUCGAGACUUAAAGUUCAAUCAGGCAUAGUGUAACGAGCACAAUUGCCAUUUUGGAGACUUAGAGUUCAAUAAGGCAAAGUGUAACAAAAGAUUUGGCACAAUUGGUGCCUGCAAUUGGGAUACUAGAGUACACUCAUGUAAAGUGUAAGAAAAAAACACUGUACACAAUUUAUGAGAUUAAAACGUAUUUGGAAUUGCUUUUGUAGAUACUUAAAUUACAAAUUCAUUUUAGCAUAAAUUUCUGUAAAUACUCUCAUCAUUUGAUAGUUUUUUUCACAAGGUAUAUAAAUGUCACUUUUCUUGAAUCAUAUGUAUCGUUUUUUUAAAGAACGUUUGAAAGAUAAUUGCUUAGUUUCUUGUUGAUAUAAUGAUGCAAAUAUGUAUUAUAAAUUAUAACAACUCAGGCACAUACGGUGAAAACAACUAUAGUUAUUUUUUCCAUUUGGCCCCACUCAUUAAUUCAGAGUCACCUUCUGCAUUUUGCCCCCUUUAUCAAGAGUUAUAUUGUGUAUUUUGUGCCCCUUGAUCAACAGUUAUCCUUUCCAAUUGGCCCCUUUAUGAACUGUUAUCUUUACCAUUUGGCCCCUUUAUGAACUGUUAUCUUUACCAUUUGGUCCCUUUAUGAACUGUUAUCUUUACCAUUUGGUCCCUUUAUGAACUGUUAUCUUUACCAUUUGGUCCCUUUAUGAACUGUUAUCUUUACCAUUUGGCCCCUUUAUGAACUGUUAUUUUUACCAUUUGUCCCCUUUAUGAACUGUUAUCUUUACCAGUUGGCCCCUUUAUGAACUGUUAUCUUUACCAUUUAGCCCCUUUAUGAACUGUUAUCUUUACAAUUUGGCCCCUUUAUAAACUGUUAUCUUUACAAUUUGGCCCCUUUAUAAACUGUUAUCUUUACCAUUUGGCCCCUUUAUGAACUGUUAUCAUUACCAUUUGGCCCCUUUAUGAACUGUUAUCUUUACCAUUUGGCCCCUUUAUGAACUGUUAUCUUUACCAUUUGGCCCCUUUAUGAACUGUUAUCUUUACCAUUUGGCCCCUUUAUAAAAUGUUAUCUUUACCAUUUGGCCCCUUUAUCAAAAAUUGUCUUUUUUAUUGUCCCCUCUUUAUGAAGAGUUAUCUUUUCAAUUUGGCCCUUUUUAUCAAGAGGUAUCUCCUAUAGUUGGCCCUCUUUUUCAAGAGUUAUCUUUUAUAUAAUACCGUUUUUAUCAAGAAUUAUCUUUUCAAUUUGGGCCCCCUUUACAAAGAGUUAUAUUUUCUAUUUUGACCCAUUAAUCAAUUAAAUUGUUUGGUAUCCUUUAUCAGAAACGAUCUUGUCCAUUUGGCCCCUUUUUCAUGACUUAUCUUUUCCAUUUUGCACCCCACCCCCUCUUUAUAAAUAGUUGUCUUUUCCAUUUGGUCCCCUUCAUCAGAGUUAUCUUUUCUAGUUGGCCCCUUUUCAAAAUUAUCCGUUCAUUUAGCCUCCCUCUUCAUCAAGAGUUAUCUUUUUCCUAUAUCCCCCCUUUAUCAAGAAUGCAAUUGUCCAUUUGUCAAGAGUAAAACGAUCGGUGGAACAGCCAUACAUUUUACCUUGUUAUUUUAUAAGUGAAUCACUUUGAUGUAACAAAGAAGUCAUUUUCCAUACUUAUUUCUGAUUUUGAUAUGUUUAUUUAAGUAAUUGACUGUAAGAUGUGCGUGUAUUAUUGAUUUGGUAUUCACCAUAAUGCUUGUAAAAGUAUGUUUGUCGAUUUGAAGGUACGAUGUGAAAUACAUAUCUUUAGUUAUUGUUAUGAUUUUAACGUGUUUAUUGUGAAUUGGUUGACCCUCUGCAUGAACAACAGAAUAACCAAUUAACAAUGUAUGGGUUUUUGGAUAUCCACGUUGGUAUACACCAUUGGUUUCAAUAACAUCCCGAGGCUGACAUGGGCCAUUUAUAAUAAUACAAAGCUUUCAGAAAGAGAUAUGAGUAAUCAAACGAUUGAAAUACCUCUCUUUCCUAACUUCAUUCGGAUAGCAUAAAAUAAAAUAGUGUGCUUUAAGAUAACUUAUACAGUAUGUAACAUUGGAGGAAAAGAAAAGCAAAAGCGUGUACAUGUAUAACAUACUGUCUGUUAAAUACCCUUUGCCAUGAUUCAUUUUUUCUCUUUUAUUUAUGCAUUCAUGAACAUUGUUUCAAUAUCCUUUAUCAAUCAGAAUCUAUGUAUACAGAAAUAAUUGUGUCAAUAUGUUCCUAUUUAUAAGUUCUGAACAUAAUAAAUGAUAGUUUCAUGUUUGCUUUGUACUUUUUGUAAAUAUGUUUUUUGAAUGAACAUACGAUAUUUUGAAUUGAAAAACACGAAGAAAUGAAAAAUAGUUCGUACUUCUGUACACGUUUGUGUUAAAUCUAUUACUUACAAGAAUUUUAACCAUAUAUUUUUAAUUUCCAUCAAUUGUAGUAUUCCUUUGUAAGUAAAUAAUAGUAAUAAGAACCGGUACGUGAAAUGAAAGAUCAUUGUAUGAUUAUUUUUUUAGCUUUGAAUAACCUGUGAAAAUCUUGUUUGUGUACAUAAAUGAAUUCAUUACGAAAAACUUUAUGCAAAACUGAAAGAAAUCAAUAUAUACAUGUUUCAUUGAAAUUUACUUAUUAAUAAUAUCUCUGUAUAUACAUUAACCUAUGUUAUUCAUUGCAGUUGUAGUAUGCCCAUGUAAAUAAGUACAUUGUUCAUUUAUUCACAUGAUUAGACGUUACAUGUACGAACUGAUCAUUGUAUGAUGUUUUGUAUUUUGCUUUGGAUAACUUGUGUAUAUAGUUAUUGGAUGAGUUAUUGUUUUCUUUAAGGGAAAGUCGCAUUGUUGAUAAAGAAUUGAAUUUAUAACAAAAAACUCAAAGGAAUCAAUAUGUGAAAGUUUCCUAAAAUUUCCUUUUAUGGAAAUUUCUGCAUAUUAUUUUAAACCUUGGUUAUUCAUAUCAGUUGUAGUAUGCCCAUGUUUAUCGUACAUUGUUUAUUUAUUCUGAUUAGACGGUACUUGUAUGUACUGAUCAUUGUAUGAUGUUUUGUAUUUUGCUUUGUACAAGUUUUGAACAUAGUUAUUGGAUGAGUUAUUGUUUUGUUAAAGGGAAAGACACCUUAACAAAUGAAGUUGACGGUAAAAGAACGUGUUUUAAAUAUUUUUGCUUUUCCAUUGUAAUGAGUAUAGUGUUGAUGUAUUGAAAAAAGUAAAAAUCACAUGAAAGAAGGUUAAUGGUGUCUGUAAUUCAUUUACAUUUCGUAAGUUGAUUACUAUUGUUCAAUUACUGAACGCAGUCGACGAUACAUCAAUGUAUAUUGAUUGACACAAUAUGGUGACUGACAUGUAUUUGCUUUCCCAAAUUGUAAUUAUUGUAUUUUUCAAUUACUGAGCUAAAUAGACGGAACAUGGACGUAAGGUAAUGGUGUAUGCAAUUCAUUUACCUUUAACAUGUUCAUUUCUAUUUUGUUCAACUUGUUGAACUUAGUAGAUAUAACAUUACCGUCCAUUUAUGGUGUCUGCAAUUCAUUUACUUUUCAAUGGUUAAUUACUAUAGUGUUAAGUUUAUAAGCUUAGCAGAUGGAACAAUAACGUAUGUUAAUGGUGUCUGCAAUUUAUUAACUAUUCGCAUAAUAAUUACGAUAUUGUUCAAUUAUUGAAAUAAGAAGACGUAAUAUUAACGUAGGCUUAUGGUGUCUGCAAUUUAUUAACUUUUAUAAGUUAAUUACUCUAUUGUUCAAUUACUGAACGUAGUAGAUGGAACAUUAAAGUAAGUUAAUGGUGUCUGCAAUUUAUUAACUGUUCCAAUAUUAAUUACGAUAUUGUUUACUUAUUGAAAUAAGAAGACGUAAUAUUAACGUAGGCUUAUGGUGUCUGCAAUUAAUUAACUUUUAUUAGUGAUAUACGCUAUUGUUCAAUUACUGAACGUAGUAGAUGGAACAUUAACGUAUGUUAAUGGUGUCUGCAAUUUAUUAACUAUUCGCAUAUCGAUUACGAUAUUGUUCACUUAUUGAAAUAAGUAGACGUAAUAUUAACGUAGGCUUAUGGUGUCUGCAAUUUAUUAACUUUUAAUAAGUUAAUUACGAUAGUGUUAUUUAACUACAAAGACGUAAUAUUAACGUUAGCUUAUUGUAUAUGAAAUUUAUUUACUUUUCAUAAUAAUUGCGUUUCGACAUGAGGGUGUUUUAAAAAAGGCAAAGGUUUUUGUUUUUUAAUAUGGCCAAGUUUUAACUGUCUAGGCCACAAUCGUUUACAAGUUUCAAAAUGAUGUAAGUGCGUUUUUAUUCAGUCUUAUACAGUUUAUAAAAGAAAGAUAUAACUUUAUUCGAUAAAGUCAAAUAUUCCCAAUAGUGAAUUAAAUAUCCAUGCUUUGGAAGCUUUCAAUCAUCCUUAUUGUUUAUAGAAAUGUUGUAAAAUAUAAGUGCUGCAAGCAUGCUGUGUAAAAGACCUCUGAUAUAGACACAAUUCAUGGAUGCAGAAUAUGAAGUCUUUGUAUGGACGAUGUGUAAUUAUACCGUUUUGUAUUGAGUGGAUUAGUGAGUUUUAAUUAUGUGUAUUGAUGGUGUGUAUUUACUAUUAGUGUGAUUGUGUGUAUUAACUCUGUGUUUGGAUGGCGUGUAAUAUCUUUAUGUGUGAAUGGUGUGAAUUGACUAUAUGUAUGGAUGGUGUGUAAUAAGUCUUUGUAUGCAUGGUGUGAAAAAAUAUAUGUAUGCAUUGUGUGUAAUAACUCUAUAUAUGGAUGGUGUUUAAUUACUCUAUGUAUAUACGGUGUGUAAAAACUCUAUGCAUAUAUGGUGUGUAAUAACUCUAUGUAUGGAUGGUGUUUAAUUACCCAAUGUAUAGACGGUGUGUAAUAAUAUGUUUUGGAUGGUAUGUAAUAACUCUUUUUGAAGAUGGUGAUUAAUACCUCUAUGUGUGCAUGGUGUGUAAAACUAUGUGUUUGGAUGGUGUGUCCUAACUCUUUAUAAAGGAUUAUGUUUUAUCACUCUAUGUAUGGACCGUGUGUAAUAACUCUAUGCAUGGAAUGUUUUUAAUUAAUAUAUUUUUAUGGUGUGUAACAACUUUUUUUAAAUGGAUGAUGUGUAAUAUUUGUCUAUGUGGGUGCUGGAUAACAGCUCUAUGUUUUGAUAGUGUGUAAUAACUCCACGUAUAGGUUGUGUGUAAGAAAUGUGUGUAUGGAUAAUGUGUAAUAUUUGUCUAUGUGGGUGCUGGGUAACAGCUCUAUGUUUUGAUAGUGUGUAAUAACUCCACGUAUAGGUUGUGUGUAUGAACUAUGUGUAUGGAUGAUGCAUUAUUACUAUAUGUAUGGAUUAUGUGUUAUAACUGUUUGAAUGGAUUAUGUGUAAUAACUGUAUGUAUGAUUAUGUGUAAUAACUGUAUGGAUUAUGUGUUAUAACUAAAUGUAUGGAUUAUGGAUGAUAUGUUCUUACUCUAUAUAAGGGAAUAUGUUUUAUUAAUAUAUGUAUGGACCGUGUGUAAUAACUCUAUGCAUGGAAUGUUUUAAAUAGAUAAAUGUGUAUGGUGUGUAACAACUCUUUUCAAAUGGAUGAUGUGUAAUAAUUGUCUGUGUGGGUGCUGGGUAACAGCUCUAUGUUUGGAUAGUGUGUAAUAACUCCACGUACAGGUUGUGUGCAAGAACUAUGUCUAUGGAUGAUGCAUUCUUACUAUAUGUAUGGAUUAUGUGUUAUAACUGUUUGAAUGGAUUAUGUGUAAUAACUGUAUGUAUGAUUAUGUGUACUAACUGUAUGUAUGGAUUAUGUGUAAUAACUAUAUGUAUGGAUUAUGUGUAAUAACUGUAUGUAUGGAUUAUGUGUAAUAACUGUGUGUAUGGAUUAUAUGUAAUAACUGUUUGUAUGGAUUAUGUGUAAUAACUAUAUGUAUAGAUGGUUAACAUUAACUCUAUGUAUACAUUGUGUGUAGAAUUAUGUGUAUGGAUGAUGCAUUCAAACUAUAUGGAUGGAGUGUGUGUAAUAAGUAUACGUACGGACGAUGUGUAGUAACUAUGUAUGGAAUGUUUGUAAUAAGUAUACGUACGGACGAUGUGUAGUAACUAUGUAUGGAAUGUUUGUAAUAAGUAUAUGUACGGACCAUGUGUAGAGACUUUUCAUAGAGUGUGUGUACUAAUUUGUCAAUAAAGUGGAGUCGUAUUUUUACUGUAAUAAUAGACAUAUCUAGCUUUGUUCAUAAAUAACUAUUUUUUAAUUUAAAUUUCAGCCAAUAAUUAAAUAGUUGAGUAUGAUAUAUAUAUUGUUUUCAGAGAUUGAACAACUGUGUUUAUGUGGUGUGUAUUGCUACUAGAGAUUGAGUAAAUGGGUGUGUUUGAUAUACAUUGCUAUGAUAGAUUGAAUAAAUGUCUGUGAAUGAUUA